ACCAUGUCAGACAGCAGGGGGCGUCGUUUCAAAGGUAGCCACCGAAUCCAGGCAAUCGGUGGGGUCGUCGAGGCACGCGUGCCACGGAGGGGUUGGAUAACCCGUAGAAGGAAACUAAAAGCCCUUGCGAGCCAGCCAACGGUUUCACAAGCCAAGGGCGAUGGGCAUAUCUUUCCAGCAAGCAGUGAAGCACCAAGUCAAGACGCCCGCCUUCCAUUGUUCUCCUAAAAGUAUCCGAGGGCCAAGCCUUUCUUUCAGCGCUCAUACUCCUGCAUCACAGCCACGGAACCAUGCCUUGUAGAAUCCUCUCAUCACCUUCUCCCCUCCUCAUCUCCAUCGUCUUCCUCCUCCUCCUCCUAAUCUCCAUCAACGGUUCCCCUGUCACGAACAGCCCCGCAACCUCAUCCUGUCCAAACUCGGCGACCUGUGGCAAACAACUUAUUACUUAUCCAUUCUGGGUACACCAGAAUCCCACCUCCUACUGCGGUAAUGAAGGAUUUAUGCUGAUAUGCGAAGAUGAUGACCGCCUAAUCCUUUCCCUCGGCUCCCACAACUACACCGUGACCAAGAUCGAUUACCCCACCCGAACCUUCUCAAUUGCCGACACCGAUUUCCUCGACGCUGGCAUCUGUCCCUGGCCCAGACACAACCUCUCCUUCGAGGGCAACUCCGUCCUCGACUACACCUCCUGGGACAUCAACCUCACCUUCUUCCUCAAUUGCUCCUUCGGAGACGUUCUAAUCGACAACAAAAUAAACUGCAGCCUUCCAGGCAGCAGUGGUAAGUCGUCCUACAUAUUCACCGACGAAUAUCUUUCGACCGCCAUAGAAUACAAUUUGGCGCAGCGGUGUCAAGGUAUAGUGGUGGUGCCCGUCCUCAAUGAUCCGCCGCUCAGUGAUAUUUGGAGCCAUUUGCUCGGUGACUUCGGAGAGCUGUUGAAGAACGGCUUCCAGCUGCGCUGGCCCGACGAGAUCUCGGGAGCAUGCGACCGCUGCGAGAGCUCCGGCGGGCGCUGCGGCUAUACCCAACCAAACAGCACUAGUUGGGUGUUCGCCUGCUUCUGCUCCGGCGUGAUGCGCGACCACAGUUGCGGUAGUGAAGCUUUUCUUUUAUUUUGGAUGAACAAAAGAUUUUUUAUUUCGAUUUCUGGGCUAGAUUUGUAUUACAAAUGUUGUACUCCCAUUUUUUUUUUGUUACAUGUGUUUUAAAGUUCCUUAGGUGUUUAUUAGCUAGGGCAAUGCUUUGCAAAAGGUAAGGAGUUACAUCCACUAAUAGGUUAAGAAAAAAGUUUUCACGUAGCUUAUAAAUGCAAUACAGUUGGACUUUGGCAAUGGUUAAUGGUUAUCAAGCAAAAAUUUUAUGCAAGGGUAAAUUUCCAGACUACGUAGCAUGUGUGUAGGAAAGGUAAUUAUCAUGGAUUUGUUUCUUGGUAAAGCAAAUUUCAAUUAUCAGCUAAGUAGCACUCGCAUGUGGCUGACAAAUAAAUGAGUAAAUGAGCUCGAAGAGUUAGUGCGUAUUUAAGGGCUAGGAACACUGUAUUGUGGUGCUCGUUUGAAUUGUAGAGGUGAAUUAGUCAUAGACGAGUUGCAGCUAGAUUGAUUCCUCAAGCCUUCUAUGCGCGAUGACUAAUUUUCUAUUCUGCAAUGAAUGACUUUAGAAUGAAGAUUACACCUAAUAGGAAAUAAAUAACCAACAAAACCUUCUGCUUUGAAGUCUUCAAAGAUGAAGAGAUUUUUAUUAGGAUGUACUGUGAACUAGUUUUGAAUAACCUCAUGUUUCUGCGAAGGUAAUCUUUAUAUUGGAGAGUGGAGAUAGACAAAUUAGUACUAAGUCAGCUCCAUAGAGACAGUAGCUUCUAGGAAACUGAACAAAGAAAAGGACCCCCUUUGUAGGAGGCGUGGUCAUUUGUUAAGCAAUAACUUACCAAAGAAUUCUUUGACUAAGGAGACCUAGGCAGAUAUAGAAAUAAAUUCAACGUAGAUAGAGCUAAGAAGCAGAGAUUAGAUAUUAGAAACUACAUUAGCUGCAACAUCACUAUCAUAGACAAUGACUAAACAAAGAGAUUUCUGGUCAAAACAACCAUCAUCCAGCUUCCCCAUGCUCCUGACACUGUUGGUGAAUGGCUUCUAGGAUGAUGAAAAGCUGGUAGCAUAUUAUACUAGAGAGUAGUUAGCCCAUAGCUAUAAGGAAUAUAUAUUUGCUAUAAAACUUCUAAAGGCUGAUUAUCUCAAGUAUCGUGUGGUCCAUAAGUAAAAUAUUCAAUUAAAGUAACCAAAUUAGAUGAAUCUAAAUCAAAGGUUACUACAGGCAGUUGAAGGAUGGUGCAUAUCUAUGAAAAGCUCUAGAAGAGUUUAUUUAAUAACUACAAUAGAUAUGGCAUGGCAGAUCAUUUUAUACUUGACUAGACCUUAUAAAUGAAAAUAAGUGCAAAGUGUGGAAGUAGAUGAAACUGAUCUAGUGGGAUUUCAAGAACCGUAAUUAGUAGCAGUAAAUUGUCGAUGUCCCUAUCUGCAUGAUGUUUUAUUGGAACAGUUUACUUAAUCCCGGAUGUAACUGCAAACUGGGCAAUCUUGCAAGGGACCACGGUUCAAACUGGAUAAAAACUGGAGUAAAAUUUCUUGAACUGUGGCUGCUAGCUAGGAACUCAUAAGUGUUUAGGCCAUGAUAUGUUGAAAACGAAAGGAAACAGUUAUAGAUGAAGGGCGUCGAUGUUCCUGCUUCUCUUUUACCCGACUCUUAGGCUACAAUAUUCUGGAAGUCCUUAAAUCAUACUAUAGGAUGUUCUGAAUUACAUAAUUUGCUCAUUAGAUGACAAAUUUAGAAGGCAGCUAAAAGGUGCAGCUCAGCCAUCUGAUCACUUUUCUGUGCUUGGCUGAAUUUGCUGGGCAUAUACUCGUAGUAGCAUAAACAGCUACCGUAUGUAGGUCGCCCGAGGCACACUCUUUGUAGACUGAAAGAUAAUAAGAUUGGUAGAAAUCAAGUCUGUUCAGAAAAGAAACUCGUAGCCACUUAUGCUUCUCUUUUGGUUCUUAUUUCCUGUCCUUUAUCCCGGGUUACAGAAUCCUCUUGUCAUCCUCUCAGUAUGAUUGUUAAACUCUACUUGAUUGAAUCAUAGUGGCAUGCGGACCAAACAUUAGGUGGGGCCUUUCGUUGGCCGAGCUGGGACUGUUGUUUGGCAGUCCCAGCUGAUUCUGAGUGAUUGUAAACAAUGCCCCAAAUCUGCUCAUCCUUGAGGUUAUUGUUAUAGCAAGCACUUGGUUAGUAUUUCAUUUGGA